UUAUACAGAUUUAGUAUCGGACGACGAUCACAACCGUGUGGAUUAUGGCAGAGUUACGGCAGCGAGAAUAGCGAUGCUAGUACGGUUAUCGUUGGUGGUAUUAAUGACCGAGUUGUUAACGGUGGUCGCCUUCAAACCGUUGGAGGUUAAUUUAACACGCGAUGUACCCUCAUUUAAACCAGUGAAUAUUGUACCUCAUGAUUUUGAUCACAUUGUGUUAGUAACCAAAUCUCGAACAAAGUUUCACAUUUUGAUACACCAAGACUCCGACCGGAAUCUUUCCGUGACCGUCACACCAUCGUGCAACUCCGUGAUCAACUGGGAACUGAAGUUUAUACCUCUAACAAGAUUUAACCAACCAGUCAUUAUAUUAUCGAACAACAAUACGUCGAAUGAUAUCGGAAGGUUACUCAUAGAAUACACGGGUGUAUCCAUACCUGUUACGUAUGAACACGGCAGAGCGAAUAGAGGUCUUUACGUUAUAUCAGCUCAGAUGGCAACGGGCGACGAUUCAAAGGUUAUGUUUCAUGUUGGUCUUAAACAAAAGUCACAAAAAAAGCAAUUUGGYUUCCGUACAAAUGGAAUAAAAAUCAAAAAAGGCGGCCAAAAAAUUUAUUUAAGAUGGAAUCUAAGCCAUAUAGAUCAUCAUUUAAUGAAGUACAGUCUUGUGAUCAGUUCAUCAAAAAUAUACUCGACAAUCUGUGAAGCUGAAAAUCGUUUGGAAGAAAAACUUAAAACAAAUUUGACAUAUUAUGAGGAUGAUUUACGACCUGACGAUCGAUUAGAGAUACAUCAUCUGGAUCAUAAUACAAGUUAUACGAUGACUGAUUUAAUCUAUGACGAAACGUACUAUUUUACUGUAUUUGUGUUCCAUGAACUUCAUAUCGCCACACACCACGCAAACGCUACAUAUAAAUUUCAAAAGUCCAAACCCAUUGGACUAAAAGAUGCGAGGCCCAGAAUGAUCAACCUGAGGGCUCAAAAUGGAAAAGCAUCCUUCAGGUACAAGGUGGGAAAUAAUAGGCUGUUGGAAAAAUAUGCUCCUUCUAAUACAUUAUAUUGGUACGUUAUGCCAUGCGAUGGAGUAGUAUUCGUUGAAAUCCGUUGCCGAAAGAGGUUAUUAAUAAGCAAAAGAGUUUUUGGUUACGAGAAAUUCAUCAUAAACAACACUAAGAGUGGAGAAAGAUACGUGUUAAAAGUGGAAUCCGUAUCUGUUGAUGAGACUCAACGCAUCAGAUCCAUUGAGGUGAUGGCCACCGUACGACCAACGAUGAUUCCA